UCAGGUAACUUCACUGCACUUCUUUCUGCUGAUGUGGCUCCGGCACUUGACUCACUUGACUCCUCUUCUGUUCCAGCGUUGCACCAUCUGCUGACAACUCGUUCUUAAAAAGUUUGACUCUCAACUCUUCUGAAAAUCGUUCAUUAUGGGACUCAAUCUGAGCGAUGUCCUUUGACUGUCUCAGACUUCUGCGCUGAAAAAUGCUUCCUAAGAAAGAAAUCUCAUGUGUUCAUUGAAUGUUUGAGUCUCAGAAUCAGAACCUGAACAUGAACUGAACUUCUCUCGAUGCUGGCAAACUCUUCCCACUCGCACUGUGAUUUGUGUGGAAACUGAUCAGUCAAAUGUUUUAUUUCAAUCCCUGGGCUUUCUUCAGGGCUGGGCUCAGUCAAAGCAACUCAUCUCUGGUCUACAGUCAAGUGACUCAGGACUCGACGAUUGACUUAUCAAUGAACGUCAGGUUCACCUUGGUCCUCCUGCUGUUGCCGCUCCUGGUCAUGGCUGUGCUCUCGCUGGAUGCUGACAGAGGCACCUUCAGAGGUUUCAAAAAGAACCACAUCUACGAGGGGACCUCACCGCUCAGGUGCACGCAGGAGAUAAAAAAGAGGAAAAUUAAAGACAAAAACGGGUGCAAGCCUGUCAACACCUUCAUCCUAGCUGACAGUAACAAGGUGAAGUCCAUCUGUAAUCGUGACGGAGACGUAGAGAGCAGAGAAAUGUUCAAAGUUGUCAAGUGUACGCUGGAUCGGAAGUCCAAGUCCAAGUCCAACUGUCAAUACAAUCAACGUACCAUGAGAAAGAAAAUCACAGUCACGUGUGAAAACGGUGAGCCUGUGCACAUGGUGCGCUCAGCAAAGUGGCUUGGUUAUCAACCUCUGGAAUAAAGAGAGAGAUUCAAGCGUCUGAUGUGUUGAGAUCACU